AUGGAUGAGCUCGAACAGACCAUCUUGCCUCCUGAGACCGCACAACCGGAAGACCAGGAAGAAGCGGAUGGGCGCGAGAAUGAUUUCCAUCUAUACAAAUCCAAAAGCAGACAUUGUAUGGCGAAUUGUAUCUGGCGCAUAAACGGCCUCAUUUUCGUCAAUUCCGUCAAAUCCAUCAUGCCAAUUUCCAACCUUUGCACAAAACUUAAGAUGAUCAGUGAGCUACGAGGCUUCCAGAUUGGGCAGAAUCAUGAACUCGUCCUAGUAGAAAGACAGCUUCUCAAUCUUGACGCCAAAUUUGAUGUCGGGAAGGGCCCAGCAUCCAUGGCAUUGCCGAUUGAGCAAGUCUGA